CUUAACCUCCACAGUCGAAGAUAUGACUUCUUCAUUUUUACUCUUAUCCUUAUCGGUAGUCCUUGCAGUAACUGCAAUGACACUAGCCGAUGAAAGUCCAGGAUUUUUUCUAAAAAUUACUAAAAAUAUUCCACGUUUGGGUCGUCGUUCGGACAAACAAUUUACAAAUUAUUUUUUCAAAAAUGCAAAACAAAUUCCAAGAAUUGGAAGAAGAAAUGAAUUGGACGAUGACUCUUCACUUCAAGACUCUGACUUGCUCAAAAAGUUGGAUGAAAUGAGUUCUCCUAAGAAACGUUACAUUAAUCCAGCUCCAACAGCACGAGAAUACAGUGUAGUCCAACCAGUCAAUGCAAAUACCUUGAUUGAGCUUAUAGAAAAAGAUGCAAUUCCAAGGGAUAACAUAAAAUUUGUCCAUUGGAAGGAUUUCGAUCGUGCGUUACAGGUUGAUAGUGAUCUGUAUGCAAAAGUUGUCUCAUUGGGGAGAAAGCCUGAUCGUCAAUUAAAAGAGGAUUUGAACUUUGGACGUUUUAUGCCAUUCUUUGGAAAUAAAUAUGGAGGCGAUGAAACUCUUAUCUAUGGUGCUGGUGACAAGGGAAUGUAUUCAGGCAAUGAUAAGGAAUUAGUUAACUAUAAUGAAGUCUAAGAAUUGGAGCAAUUAAAAUAAUAAUUUAUUAAAAAACGCCUGUAAGUUUCACAGGGUGUGGAGUAUU